GCUGCUGCUUCCGUCCACCUUGACGUCUUCUCGCUCGGCGGAUCGCUGCUGAACCUGUCGGCGGAUCUACCGGAGACUCUGAGGGAUAUUUACUGGUGGCGGUGUCUGUUUUUCUCCGUUAUCAACCGUCAGCUCGGUUUUUAGCCUCUUCGGGGCUACUCAAGGAGGCAUCCUGGAAGCACCCGGAGAACCGCGGAUAUCUACGCGGCAUGGAUGCUUCGUGACCCGCGGCAGGUGCGAGGAGAUGGCGGGGGAGCCGCCGGCAGCCGCCGCUGGUCGGGUGGUUCUGGUCAAGAAGAUCAUCAUGAAGGACGGAGCCGCGCUGCAGCAGGGGAUCGGCCGGCCCAGUGUUUAUCACGCCGUGGUGGUCAUCUUCCUGGAGUUCUUCGCCUGGGGUUUGCUCACCACGCCCAUGCUCACUGUUUUACAUGAAACGUUCCCCCAGCACACGUUCCUGAUGAAUGGACUCAUUCAGGGUGUGAAGGGUCUGCUGUCCUUCAUGUCGGCUCCUCUGAUUGGUGCGUUAUCGGACGUCUGGGGCCGGCGGUCCUUCCUGCUGGUCACCGUCUUCUUCACCUGUGCUCCGAUUCCCCUGAUGAGGCUCAGCCCCUGGUGGUACUUCGCCAUGAUCUCCAUGUCUGGAGCUUUUUCUGUCACUUUCUCGGUCAUCUUCGCCUACGUUGCCGAUGUGACGGACGAAAGAGAAAGGAGUACAGCCUACGGUCUGGUCUCGGCCACCUUCGCCGCCAGCCUGGUGACGAGUCCGGCCAUCGGAGCGUACCUGUCGGCUUGGUACGGAGACAACCUGGUGGUUCUGGUGGCCACUCUGAUCGCUCUGGCUGACAUCUGCUUCAUCCUGCUGGCCGUUCCCGAGUCCCUGCCGGACAAGAUGAGGCUCAACACCUGGGGGGCGCCGAUAUCCUGGGAGCAGGCCGACCCCUUCGCUUCUCUGAGGAAGGUUGGUCAGGACUCCACAGUCUUAUUGAUCUGCAUCACUGUGUUCCUGUCUUACCUGCCGGAGGCCGGACAGUACUCCAGCUUCUUCCUGUACCUGCGACAGGUCAUAAACUUCUCCUCAACAACCAUCGCUGUUUUUAUCGGAGUGGUGGGAAUUCUAUCUAUCGUAGCACAGACUCUCUUCCUCACUCUGCUGAUGAGAACUCUGGGUAAUAAGAACACGGUUCUGUUGGGUUUGGGCUUCCAGAUCCUUCAGCUGGCCUGGUACGGCUUCGGAUCCGAGCCGUGGAUGAUGUGGGCGGCUGGUGCUGUAGCUGCGAUGUCCUCCAUCACCUUCCCAGCAGUCUCUGCUCUGGUGUCACAGUCUGCUGAUCCUGAUAAACAAGGUGUGGUCCAGGGGAUGAUCACGGGGAUCAGAGGUUUAUGUAACGGUCUGGGUCCGGCUCUGUACGGAUUCAUUUUCUUCCUCUUCAACGUGGAGCUCAACACCAUGGACCCCAUCCAGGGAGAUUUUAACAUCGACCCGCUGCCUCUGCACAGCCCCACCGAGCACGCGCUCAUCCCCGGUCCUCCCUUCCUGUUGGGGGCGUGCACCGUCGUGGUCGCCUUCCUCGUCGCCCUCUUCAUCCCGGAGAAGCCGUCCUGCUCCUCCUCGUCCUCCCAGAUGUCCCUCAGCGACAAACCCCACCCGGACAGCAAAGAGUCCAUGUCCUCGCUGGCUGGCGUCCACAUCAACACGCCGCUCCCGGGCAGCGACGAGGAAAGCCCGCCGACCGCCAGCGACGAGGACUUCGAGCCGCUGCUGCAAGACAGUAUCGUUUGAUUAUCGGUCGAUCGAUUUUGUAAACAAAGGACUUGUUUUCUUUGCCUUCGUGGCGGGACUAAGUGUGUUUUUAUUGUCAGAAGAUUGACAUCGUUGAGCUCCGGUUGUCAGGAGUUGGAACUAACAAUACUGACUGAGGAUACGUAACAUCUCGCAACCGAUGAGGAAGCGAGGAGCUGCAGAUUAGCUGCCUUCAUGUUGUUGGACGGAAGAGUCCAGAAGGAAGGUGGAGCCAACGUGGACGCCACCGAUUUAACAAAAACCACCAAGAAGAAGGACCAGCUACGUUUUAAAAAUCACACGGACGGAAAGAAGAGUAUUUUUGUUGGAAGGAUUUUCGUUCAUCUUUAAGCUUGAAGUUGUGGAUUGUUUUUGUGACGAACAAGAGAAAGGUGUUUUUACCUUUCAGCUGUAUCAUUUCCAGGCUGUGUUUUAUUUGAUUACUGUACAAAGGAAACAAGUCUGCAGCAUAUUUAAGGCAGCCGAAACAUCAGUGUUGAUUUCUACUCUUCUUUUUUUCCUUGGUGUUGUUUAAUAUUUUUUUAGUUACACUUUUUUUUGUUCUUUUUGGGGAUUUUUAUUCUUUUAAAGUGUACAGUAUCUUGCUACGAGACGUCGAUGCUAACAGUGAAUGAAUGUGACGAGCUGAGAGAUGAGUCAAAACACCUGAAGACGAUUUAAUUUUUACUUUUAAUCUCCUUAAACCAGAGCAAGAGCGACGGAAACGGUCCAAAAGACACUCCUUGUAGAUAUUUAUCAGAAUUUAUGAGACGUAAAUACCAAAAUUAAGCAGAAUAACCGAACCUCAACGGAACCACCUCACCGGAUAGUUUUAAUUUUACCAGUCAGUGUCCUCAAGUGUCACUCUACCUCAGAUCAUAGUGUUUUUUUACAGUCACAAUCAACCUGGAUUUGCUGAUCUACCGUCACUCGCGUGUUUUAUUUUUAUAUCAAAGUCACUUUAUUGAAGUGCUGCUGGCUGCUGGCAGCGGGAAAUCCUCACAACUGCAGCUCUGGCUCGCUGUCACCUACAUGUUUUUAUUAAAAAUAUUCAAAAAUGAACUUAAUCCUUCUGGCUCCAGACCGCCCAGGUCUGCAGUUUACCGUCUGGCAGGUUUAAUUUUUACGAGAAAAACACGGCUGAGGUUUUCUUCCCCUGACAGCAGCGGUGUUCCUGUGAAUUAACUGAUACUUGAAGCACCAGAGAGAGAUUUUAUGAGAGCUUUAGAGAAGAUUUAGAGCAUAUGCCGGCACAGAGUGUACAUAGUUAUUUGCUUUAUGACCUUAAAAUGUAAAAUGUACAUGUGAAUGAUAUUACAGUUUGUAUAUAAUGCAAGUGAAGCGUGAGAUUGGAGGUUUUAUGUAGCUCGGCGAUGGUUUGAGGUGUUCAUCAGACACUAAAUAUCCCCCGUUCUUCUGUUCUAUUUGCACCUAAAGACGCUUACAUGCACACUAGUGUCCUGUUUUAUCACAUUUUUAACCUGAUAUGGACACGAAACAAACAGAAAUCAGGUCCCCACAUCCUCUUUUUUGAUAAAAUUUGGUGGUGCUACAUUAAAAUGAACAGUUUCUUGUCGUAAACAGACUCUUUCUUCUGUUUUUUUUUAGUAAUGAAACACCAGAUAUUCCAGUUUUCUGUAGCAGAUGCUCCCAGAACUGCGACAACAAGGAGGAUAGUGGUGUGCUUGUGAACGUUUUCCUUCUCGGCUGCUCGGUUACGGUGUAAAUACUGUACAUGGUUUGGAUGUCUGUACAUGUGAAGAAAAGCGGUUUACGUGGAGGUUUCACUGUAAAUACACGUUGUCUGUCGUCUCGUCUGGAAGUGUACCAGCCAAUUGUUGGAAAUUAAAGCAGUACAACACUUGA